UUGCUCCGCGCAACCGGAGCUCUCGUUUGAGCACCACAGCGUCGCACGCCAAGCAUUCUACCCCGAGAUACAGCCGAGGGAGCCACCACAGCUCCUGCUGCUAGCCACCUUCGUCGUUUCCUUGGGAUUUUUGCUAAGCAUGACCCGGCGCAAGGUGGACGAGGAGCAGGUUCGGAAGGCCUGUGCAGCGAUAGAUGAUGGCAUGUCGGUUAGGACGGCUACUGAGGUCUUUGGGGUAGGUCGUACGUCCAUCGAAGCCCGCCGCCGUGGCAAGGUGGCCAUGAACGCGAAGGUUGGUCCCGAGACCAUCCUGAGCAAAGAAGAGGAGGAUUCGCUGGAAGAUAUUCUGCUGUUUGCUGCUCGCAACUUUUUGGCUGUGGAUCGGGUUCAGCUCUCAGAGAUGCGGUGCGACGACUCUGCAACGACGGUCGGCGGAUCCCUUGGGAUCCAGAGAAGGGUCCGGGGAAAGAUUGGCUUGCGGGCUUCCUUCGUAGGUACCUACGGGUGGCGGAGCGCUCGACCCGCAUCUACGAGGCAAACAGGAUCACCGAGGACGAGGAGCCUCGCAUGGUGCAGUAACACCCCCCAAGGAACCAAGACGACGAAGGCGUUUGCGGAAUCAGGUCAGAAGGUGGUUGGUUCGAUGCGCUCCAACUCGCGAGAGAACACUACCACCGUGGUCGUUACCAUCAGCGCUGAUGGUCACACCUGGGCACCAACCAUUAUCUUCAAAGGGCACCGACUUCAGGCCGAUUGGUUUGUAGAGCGAAACGGUCCGGAGGGUGCAAGGUACACCUGUACGGAUUCUUCGUUCAUGCAGGGAGACGUAUUCAUCGCCUACUUGAAGGAUUUCCACAAGCAGUUCGGCGAACGAGGGUUGCUCGACGGAAAACCCCACAUACUCUUGCUCGAUGGACAUUCAUCACACGUGAGAGUGGAGGUAACCAGGCUGGCCAUGAAUCUCAAAAUCAUCUUGAUCCAGCUACCCUCCCACACGUCGCACAUCACCCAGCCCUUGGAUGUCGUCGCCUUCGGACGCUUUAAGAAAUCGGUGACCAGAGUUCUGGCAUCCUUCUACCACAACUCCGGCGGGUUGUUGCCGCUGAAACGCGACAUGCCCGGCGUGAUCGCGGAUGCUUGGAAACUGAGCUUUACACCGGAGAUAAAUAAAUCAUCAUUUGCUGGGGCGGGCUUGUGGCCUGUGAACAAGGAGCGGGCGCUGGGCCGGCUGAAGGGCACAGCGAACAAGAAAGAGCGGCGAGCCGAGCGCCCACCCCUACAGGAUGUCACCAUGGCCGCCCUCAACGAGCAGCUGGAAAAAGACAUCGGAGAAAGGGCCCUCAGGGUGCCGAGGGGGCAAGGGCACACCGUCACGGGAAUCCGAGUAGGCACGGUGUUACUCGGUGGCCUCUUGACUCAAAGGAAGCGCGCGAAGAAGAUGGCGACCUCGCGGGGCUCGCUUGGCCUUCCCGACGGAGGCAACAUUACCGCGCCUGAGUUCCUGGACGCUGUUGCCGAAAAAGAACGCGCAGACAAGGCGGAGAGCGACGCGAAGGCUGCGAGGGCGAAAGUCCGCGAAGAGAAGAGGGCAGAAAAAGCGGCCGCGGAGCUGUUGCGGCACGCGCGCAUGGCCGAUAGAGGAAGGGGACGCGGGCGUGGAGGAGGGAGGGGAGAGGAAAGGGGAGGGCGCGGCGGGCACGGAGAGAGCG